AUGGUGAUCGACUCCAUCAUCGUCUGCACGGCCGACGCUGGCGUCGCAAUCACCAACACGGCCUCGUUGACGCCGACGGGCGGCACUGUAGUGAACAGCGCCGCCACGCUGCAGCUGGUGGUGUUUGGCUGCAACGUGCCGCCUGACGUCACCUUCCAGGAGCUGACGACCUGGGGGGCGCAGACGUUCUCGUGGCAGCUGCAGAACCAAGCCAAGGGGCAGCUGUUCUCUGUGCCCCCCAGCCAGGGCAGCCAGGCGAUCGGCUACACGCUCACGGCCACGGCCUCUGAGAGCGGCGCGGCCAGCACUGCGGUGUCGGGCGCCCUGUUCAUCACCAACAGCCAGUCCGGCAUGAUGAACAUCGCGCGGCUGCAGGUGACGCUGAGCAGCGGGCAGUCCAUCACGCCCUCCUGCUCCCUCACCACACCCUUCGUCUCGUCCAACGGCAACAACUUUGUCUUUGGCGGCAUCAACUCGGGCGGCUCGACCACCGUGCUGCCCUACCUGGGGAACGGCUUCGGGACCGGCAUAGCGGGCGCCUUGAACAACUUCAACACCCUGGGCACCAUCACCCAGUUCUUCCUGCCCGAGUUUUCCAGCGCGCGGUGCCCCUUCAACAUCACGCUGACGAACCCUGGCAGCCAGACGGUCCAGGUCACUGCCCAGGUCAACUGGGGCUUUGGCGGCAUGUACACCCUAGCCAACCCGGUGCAGCAGCAGGUGUCCCUCAGGCCGCCAGACAAGUUCUUCCCCGUCGGCAACUGCGUCACCCUUAGUAACCAGGUCAUUGCUGGGCAGCUGGCAGUGACCAACGGCUUCCCCAACCAGCAGCAGGUGUGCGUGCAGGGCAGCCAGGCACCCUACCAGCAGCCGCCGGCGGUUGACUACACUUUGACCGCCAGCGUGGGCCCUGAGGUCAGCCAAGGCUGCACCGCAGGCACACCAAAGAGGUUCACGAUUGCCAACACGGCCACGGCCACGCCCGUCGGCGCCGCCGCCGCCCCGGCCACCGGCACCGCGGACGUCGUCAACCUGGACAUCCAGUGCCCUGCCGCCGCCGCGGCCCCUGCGGCGCCCGUGGCAUCGCCCCCCACCAACAACCAGGUGCUGCAGUCCGUUGGCUCCCAGCUGGCAGUCACAGUGGGCGGCUUCCAGACGUACGCGCUCUCCUCGUACGUCUGGACUGUCCAGCAGUCCGCGGACACCAACGACACGGUCUCCCUCUCCAUCGGCGCCCCCAAGCGCACGCUGAACUUCACGGUCCGCGUGACCAAGCAGCCGCCCCAGGACACCGCCCACUUUGUCGCCGGCCAGAUCACGGCCCGCAACCCCGGCCCGGCCACGUCCGAGGUCACUGCCGUCUUCGUCACCGCCGGCGACGCGUCGGUCCCCGCGACGUGCGACUCGAGCCGCCCGGGCGGCCUGGUCCUCAACGCCAACGAGGCGCUGACCUGCACCUUCAACGUGUCCUGGAGCCGCGGCAACGACGCCGGGUUCCUGGGGGCCCGCGUGGAGGCAAAGGACGGCAAAUUCUUUGCGUCGCCGGCACAGUUCGACUUCUCCGCCGUCCGCCGCGCCGACCCUGUAGGCGCCACGGCCACGGUGUCGGUCGACCUCACCGGCGUCGCGCCCGACAACUCGACCGCGGCCGCGUGGCUCGCGCGCGGCGCCGGCGCCCUGCCUUCCACGGAUGACAGCAAGAACGCCAGCCUGGCAGCGACGACGUCGGAGUCAAAGGACUAUGUCUUCGGCGUGGACGUUGGCCCAUUUGCCGCACCGGCGCCGUGCGGGGCGUACUCGCUUUCGAGCGUCGCCACGGUGACCCCCGCAGGCGCUCCCGCCACGUCCGUCGCGCGCGCCGCGGCGAACGUCUCCGUGGCCGUCGCCGGCUGCGGGGCGCAGCAGGUGCAGCAGCUGCAAUCGGUGGCCGCGCCCGGCAGCCUCGCGCCGACGGUCAGCGGGGUCAAGACGGCGCUCGUAGCGCGGGACGCGUGGAGCGCCGCGGCCGACGCGCCCCCUGCGCCGGUCAAGGUGGCGUCUGGCGCGUCGGGCGACGUGAGCUUCACCGUGAACUUUGUCAAGGCCCCCGCCAACGAGUUCGAGGUGUCCGGCUCGGUCGACGUCGUCAACAGCAGCCCCAACGAGGCCGCUGAGGUGGCGGGCGUCGCUGUCACCCUGAACCCUGACGGGGGCGCGGCCCCCAAGACCGUUGAGGCGACGUGCGGCGACAAGACCUUCCCCUUCUCGUUGGCCACCGGCGCGACUGUCACGUGCACAUUCGUCGCCAAGGUGGACACCGACGCGUCCGGCCGCGUUGUUGCCACAGUGACGGACGCGUCCGGCAAGAAGUCGGACGCAGCUCCAGCGGCGUUUGGCUUCGGCGGCGCCGCCGAGCGCAGGGCCUCCAACACCAAUGACUGCGCGACUGCCAAGACGGGCAAGCUCGUUGGCGUGGGCACCUGGCAGCCGAACAAGGUCCUGGGAUACCAAGAGACAGACCGCAAGAUCUGCGCCACCACACCAGUCCAAGUCAAGGCCACCCUCGGGCCCUUCGGGCCCCGCCAGUGCGGGACGUUCCAGGUCCUGCACGUCGCCACCGCGACGCCGCUUGCGCGCGGCGCUGCGCCGGCCACGCUGGUGACGCCGGUGACCGUGGAGGUCACCGGGUGCCCCAAGGACGGCGUCCCGGCCGUGCCUCUGGUGACGGUGGCGCCCCCCAAGGUGGAGUUGGAGGAGCGGUACACCUGGCGGGUGACGCUGUCUGACUCGGCGCCCAACCCACUAGUCAUCAAGCAGACCCAGCCUGUCAAGGUGGUGUUUGUCGCCCGCACGGCGCGGGAUGCGGCAGAGAAGACAGCGACUCUGGACGGCACCGUGACGCUUGAGGGCGCCGGCAGCGAUCCGCUGCCCCUGCAGAGCGCAUCGGUCUCGAUCUACGACGGCCAGUCCGCCUACACCUCCGCCCCCCUGGACUGCGGGCCCGCCUCCGCGCCCGGCGGCGCCGUGACUGUGCCCGCCAAGGGGGCUGGCCCCCUCGCCUGCAAGUUCUCCGCAAAGGGCCUCACCCCCGGCGACGGCGUGGUAUUUGCGGCGCUCAUCCCCGCGGGCGCCACCGGCCCGCUGCCCACAAACCCGCUCGCGUACAGUGUGGCGGGGGCGGCCAAAAACGGCGUCGGCCGCUGCGCCGACCUCGGCAACUCGCUGCAGCUGCUGCAGGGCGGCCGCGCCGCGCCCUGGCAGCCGGUGUUCGCGGGGCAGCCGUUCGGGGGGUCCGCGUGCCGGCAGGGCACCGACCGUUUCGUGGCAUGGUUUGGCGGGGACGCGUCUGGCCGGCCGGCCCUGCCUGCCUGCGGGGACUAUGCGUUCGACGGCACCGUGACCGUCCUGCCCCAGGGCGGCAGCGACGCCGUCACCGGGCAGACCAAAUUCGCGGUGAAGGUCACGGACUGCGCGCCCGGGCGAUGA